AUGGAGUUCAGCGACCCAACCACGGGGCGGCCCGUACUGCGGUCGAUGACCUGCUGGGCGCAACUGAUACGGCCGGGCAUCCGCACCAAGGCCCACCGCCACACCAGUAGCAAAGUGUACCAAGUGUUCCGCGGCCAAGGAUACAGCGUGAUCAACGGCCAGCGUUUCGAUUGGAAGGAAGGAGAUUUCUUCGUUGUGCCGUCCUGGGCUUGGCAUGAACACGCCAGCGAUGAAAUGGAGGAGUCCAUACUGUUCUCCAUCCAGGACAUCCCCUUGAUGAAAGACAUGGCCCUGUUCCGUGAGGAACCUUAUGUAGAAAACGCCGGCCACCAACCGGUUACCGGCCAUUUCGCCGGUUGA